UUUUUUUUUUUUUGUUCCCCUUCAUUUUUUGGUUGUCUCAGUAAUCUGUUGCCUACUAAAAAAAAAAGAAGUUGCCGAUUCUUCGGGUUUCCUCAAGUCAUAGUCAUAUUGAAAAUUUUGUAUCCGUUUUCAUCUUAUUCAUUUCAUUAUAUUUGCCAUGAAUAAUUUACAACAGCCCCAAAAUAUGGGGUCAACUUGGCAUAGUAUGUACUCUCCUCAGGAUCGUCAAAAAGUUAUUCAAAUUGUCUUGAGCACCUUGAAAGAUAUUCAAGGUAAUAAUUACGACGCUCAAAAAGCUCAAACAAUGGCUCAGGAAUUUGAAAAAUUCACUUUUAUGAAGGCUCCCUCGAGAGAUGAGUAUUUACGAUCAAUAAAACAAAAGAUCACCCAAUUGAGAAGUGGCUCAAUGAGAAAUAUGGCUGCGGCAUCUGCUGCAGCUAAUCCUAAUAACAUUGCCAAUAAUAAUAAUAACAAUAACACUAAUAACAAUAUAAACGCUCCGGCUAGAAAUCCUACUGUUCCUAAUAAUACUGCUGGUAUGGUUAAUAAUGUGGGCCCUCAAAAUAAUAUGAAUCAUCAAAGCAUGAAUUUCUUACAACAACAAGCUCAAGCAAGGCAACAAUCUGCUGCUCAAAUUCAGGCUCAAAUGAGAAAUAAUCAACAGCAACAGCAGCAACCCCCAUCUCAACCUCAGCAACCUCCAACUCAACAGCCUCAACAACCUCAAGGAUCGAACCAAGGUCCAAAUCAAGGUUCAAUGAAUAAUACUGGUUUACAGCAAAAUUCUCAAAUACAACAAAUCAUUAGCAAUAUGAUCAAAAAUGUUCCAAUCCCUCAAGCAUUAUUAUCAAAAAUACCUAACCUACCCCCUAAUUGUAAUACCUGGACCCAAAUUUUUGAUUGUUUCCAGAAAAAAAUUAUUCCUCAUUCUGCUAUGCCGGUAAUUAGAGAUAUUCAUAAUACCCAUAUGCAAUUUGCAUUACGGCAGCAUCAACAACAAAGAUUAAACCAAUUUCAAAAAAAUCAACAACCUCAACAAUCUCAACAACAGGGGAAUCAAAAUACUCAACAGAAUAACCAAAAUAAAUUGAACCUUCCUGCUGGUCUUCCUGCUAAUUUCAAUUUGAAUAACUUAACUCCACAACAAAAACAACAAUUAUUACAAAGACAAUUGCAACAACAACAGCAAAAUAAUAACAAUAAUGCUCUUCAAAAUCAACAAAAAACUCAACCACAACCGGUACCGCAAAAUGACCAAAAUCAAAUUCCUCCUCAAUCUCAACAACCUCAACAACCUCAACAACCACAAAACCAGCAAGGUCUUCAAGGUCAACAGCAGGCUAGACCUGCAAAUACUACCAUAACCCCUGAAGAUAUUGUGAGGUAUAGUUCUGAUGCAUUAACAUUAUUGGCAACGUUACAAAAUAAUGGUUCAAUUCCAAGAGAAUUAGAUCAAAAUCAAAAACAGAGCUUCAUUCGUAAAUAUAUUCAUCAUCAAAAACUUUCUUUAUGGAAACAACAACAAAGAAAUAACCUUAAUAUUCCACCUAAUCAAGCAAUUGCAACGAAUAGUAACGAUGCCGUUAAUCAAGCACAAAUUCAAAGAAGAUUACAGGCGCAGGCCGAAGCUCAAGCUCAACAACAAAAUCAACAAGGUCAACAAGGCCAGGCAAAUCAAGGUCUGGCUUCCCAAAUUCCAAGUGUGUCUCCGGCUACUGCAUUUCAACCUCAACCACAACCUCAAGGUCAACCUGGUGUUAACGGUAUUAAUAACGUGCCUCCUCAACAGCUGCCUUUAAUUAAUAAUAUGCAUAUUCCAAAUCAACAAAUCAUGAGACCUCAAGGCCAAAUGAAUAAUCUUUCAUCACCAUUAAUGCAACAAAGAGGAUUGGCCCCUACCCCUGCUAUGAAUAAUGCUAAUCUUAAUAAUGCUAAUGCGGCUUUCAAUCCCAAUGCCCCUAGUACAUCUGUUCCUCCUACAAAUCCUUCUGCACAAGCUGGGGGUACUAAUCAACAACCUCCACAACCUCAAGGUAUUCCUGGCGCAGGUGGUAGACCAAAUACUACUGCAAAUCCAAUUAAUAAUAUUUUACCACCUUUAAAUGAUGAGAUGAAAGUGAGAUUGCGUAAGUUAUUUGAAGAAGUAUCUAGAAAUACUGUUCCAUUGAGAGAUGUAACGCUGUUAUUAUCUCCACAGGAUAAGAAAGCCGUUGGUGAAACCUUGGCCAAAAUAAGUCAACAGUAUGCUAAUGUGGAUACUAUUUUAAGUUAUUUUUAUGUUCUUACUAAAAAUUUAGAAGGCACUAAAAGAUUAAUUCAAAUGAAACAUAUGACUAGAAAUAUUGUUGAUAAUUUAAGAAGAGGGGUUUAUUUAGCAGGUCCUGAUUUACUUGAAAAAUUAAGAACUCAAUAUCAAAAAUAUUUUGAUUAUGUUAAGGAACAAAUUGCUAUGAGAAGACAACUUCAACAACGUCAAGGUCAACAACGUCAAGGUGCUAAUGGUGCUCCUGGUAGUCAACAAUCACCACAAUUUAUGAAUAAUCAAUUAAAUGGUACAGUUCCAAUGCCAAACCAAAUAUCACCACAAUUGAGAAAUGCUAUGAUUCCAGAUCAAAAUCAGAGAAAUAAUAUGAGACCUCAAGCAAAUUGGAAUAACAUGGGUAAACCAGUUAUUGGACAACAAGCACCUCAAGCACCAAUUCCAACCCAACCUCAAAUGCAACAAGGUCAACUACCACAAGGUAUUCAACCAACACCUAAUUUACAACCAAGACUGAGACCUCAAAGUGGAGCAUUUAAUAGUAGUCCAAUGAUGCCGAAUAUGGCAUCUCCUAUGAUGGCUAAUACAGUUAUGCCAAAUGCACAACAACCAGCAUUCCAACAAACACCUCAACAACAACCAGCUCCAACUCCAUCUAUGAAAGCUAAAGACUUGGCUGCAGCUCAAAAGAAAUCUAUCUCUGGUCCUGGAUCUGGCAGGCGUAAAGGUUCCACCAAAGCUACUCAAGCUGCUCAGGCUGCUCAAGUUGCUGCUGCUAACAUUUCAACUCCUGCUGCCGCUGUUGUUACUCCUGCUACUUUGGCUAAUACUAUUAAAACCCCUAAUAGCAUUCCAACCCCUCAAGUUCCUCAAACCCAUAGUAAUAAGAAUACUCCAACUGGGCAAUCACCUAAUUAUCCAAAUAAACCAAGUAGUUCAUCAAGUAUUCUGGUUAAUAAGGAUGCUGCCGUUGGGGAUAUUUUUAAUCACAGUGGGGCUGAUUCAAAACUGGCAAGAAGAAGAGAGUUAUCAAAUUCUGAUCCUGAGAAGUUCUUCUAUGCUUCUUUAGCCAAUCUAUUAGAAUUACCGGAUCCAGAAGGGACAGCUAAUAAUAGUAAAGGAAGCAGUAUUGAUAUGUUGAAUACACCUAUAAGUAUUGGUUCAGUUGCUUCGACUACCUCAAAUCAAGCUAAUAGUACUACUACUGGUGGGACCACCGCUAAUUCUUCUCCAUUAGUCAAUGGUAAAUCUAAUGCUAAAUCUCCAUUGUCUCCACAUAAUGUCAAUAGUUCAAACCAAUGGACUUGUGAGAUUAGACCUGAUGCUAUAGUAUCAGCAUUUAGACAGGUUGAUGGAAUAAGAGAGUUAGCAGCCAAUGAUAUAAUAUCCACAUGCUCUCAUUUGGCAGAACUUGAAAGCCAAUCCAAAUCACAGGUUCCUACUCGAGAUGAAGGUAAUGCUACUACCGGAAAUCUUGAAUCUCAAGGUAUUAAACGUGAAAAUGACCAAAUGGAGGAUUUCGAUGAUAUUGAAGGCUUGUUUGAUGAAAAGAAAAUCAAACUUGAUGACAUUAGUCACAAUCAAUUUAUGUUUGAGCCAGUUGCUUUUGAUGAUUGGAAACAGUUUGUUGUCACUAGUUUACAAUAAUAACUCUGUUUUAACUUUAUUUUUUCUUCCGUAUGUGCUUUAAUUUCUUUCUUUCUUUCCUACUUUCUUUCUUUUCGCCGUUUUGAACUUUCAAUGUGUUAUAUAACUCUA